AUGUCUUAUUCAACCGCGCUUGCUACCUCCUCUCUUCCCCGUCUAUCUGAUCGUCGUGAUACUCUUUGUAAGAAGGUUUUGGAUAAAAUAACAAUACCAUCAUCACGCCUUAACCGCAUUUUACCUCCGACCCGGAUUGAGUCGCAUGGCAGAGAACUGCGCCACUCUAGUAAUCUUAGCCUAUUUAAGUGUAGGACGGACAGAUUUAAGAACAGUUUCUUCCCAGCUAUGUGCUCACGUACUAUGAACAAGUCAUGACCGUUGUCAAUUAGGUUUACAAUCUAAAUUUCUACUUUUAUAUAACUCCAUUUCCUAGUUUUAAAAAGUAACAGUAGUCUUCAUAAAUUUAAGCUUGUAAAAAUACUAUAAUUCACUUUUACUUGUAUUAGUGCGAUUGUAUUUUAAAUAUACCGUCUAUUAUUAUAUUUUAAGCUUGGACAUGAACUGCUACUGUCAAUUGGGUCAGUAGAACUUUUCCUUAGUCAUUGCCCUUUUAUGCGAUGGAUAAUAGAUAUCAAUCAUUAAACGACAAUUUAUUAAAAACAUCACUGAUUUUAUGCAUGCUUGAUUUUAUCCAUGAUUGAUUACAUACUUUUACAAAAAUAAAAAAAUGUGCGUAAAAGGUUACCAUGGGAAAAAAGUCCACGUUUUAGAGGUCGCGCCUUGGAUUUUUGAAUGUACAUCAAAUAAUUGUCUGGAACUAUGAUAACUCAUAAAACACCUUCCAAAUAUGCACCCUAUGAAUUCGAAUUGCGUUUUAACUUUCAAGUCUUCACUCCAUUUCUGUGUGCAAGCCAUUUUUGAAAGUGUUUUUAAAAACCCUCCCGUACUGGAAGAUUUCCUUUGAAAAUAAUUUUAGUGGUAAAGAUACUAGCAAACCUCAAACUACCCCCAUGCCGGCAUAAAGUUUUGCCGAAAUUUUCGAACUGUGCAGUACCCUGUAUAUAUAUAUAUAUAUAUAUAUAUAUAUAUAUAUAUAUAUAUAUAUAUAUAUAUAUAUAUAUAUAUAUAUAUAUAUAUAUAUAUAUAUAUAACUUGUUUUGUUGUAGUAGAUAAUAAAGUGCUCAACACCAGUAUUAUAGUAGAGCAAGAUAUAUUUAUAUCUUAAAAUUAAUUAUUGAAAGCUACGCUAUUUGAAAAAGGAGUUCUGCUAUUUGAAAAGAAAGCUCCGCUAUUAGAAAAAGGCGUUCUGCUAUUUGAAAAGGGAGUUCUGCUCUUUGAAAAGAAAGCUCCGCUAUUUGAAAAGAGAGUUCUGCAACUUGAGGAGGAAAUUCCCCAAUUUGAAAAGGGAGUUCUGGUAUUUCAAAAGAAUGCUCCGCUCUUUGAAAAGGGAGUUCUGCUAUUUGAAAAGAAUCCUCCGAUAUUUGAAAAGGGAGUUCUGCUGUUUGAAAAGAAAGUUUCGUUAUUUGAAAACGGAGUUCUGCUAUUUGAAAAGAAUGUUCCGUUAUUUGAACAGGGAGUUCUGCUAUUUGAAAAGAAUGCUCCGCUAUUUGAAAAGAGAGUUCUGCUACUUGAGGAGAAAGUUCCGCUAUUUGAAAAGGGAGUUCUGCUAUUUGAAAAGAAUGAUACGCUAUUUGAAAAGGGAGUUCUGCUAUUUAAUAAGAAUGCUCCGCUAUUUGAAAAGGGAGUUCUGCUAUUUGACAAGAAUGCUCCGCUAUUUGCAAAGGGAGUUCUGCUAUUUGACAAAGGAGUUCUGGUUUUUGAAAAGAAAGCUCCGCUAUUUGAAAAAGUAGUUCUGCUAUUUGAAAGGAAGGCUCCGCUUUUUGAAAAGGGAGUUCUACUAUUUGAUAAGGGAGUUCUGCUCUUUGAAAAGAAAACUCCGUUAUUUGAAAAGAGAGUUCUGCUAUUUGAAAAGGGAGUUCUGCUUUUUGAAAAGGGAGUUCGGCUCUCUGAAAAGAAAGCUCCGCUAUUUGAAAAGGUAAUUCUGCUAUUUGAAAAAGGAGUUCUGGUUUUUGAAAAGAAAGCUCCGCUAUUUGAAAAAGGAAUUCUGAUAUUUGAAAAGAAAGCUCCGCUAUCUGAAAAAGUAGUUCUGCUAUUCGAAAGGAAGGCACCGCUUUUUGAAAAAGGAGUCUACUAUUUGAAAAGGGAGUUCUGCUCUUCGUAAAGAAAACUCCGGUAUUUGAAAAGAGAGUUCUGCUCUUUGAAAAGGGAGUUCAACUCUCUGAAAAGGAAGCUCGCUAUUUGAAAAGGUAAUUCUGCUAUUUGAAAAAGGAGUUCUGGUUUUCGUAAAAAGCUCCGCUAUUUGAAAAACGAGUUCUGCUAUUUGAAAAGAAAGCUCCGCUAUUUGAAAAGGGGGUUCUGCUAUUUGAAAAGGGAGUUCUGCUUUUUGAAAAGAAAGCUCCGCUAUUUGAAAAGUUAAUUCUGCUAUUUGAAAAAGGAGUUCUGGUUUUUGAAAAGAAUCCUCCGCUAUUUGAAAAAGGAGUUCUGAUAUUUGAAAAGAAAGCUCCGCUAUUUGAAAAAGGAGUUCUGCUAUUUGAAAAGGGAGUUCUGCUCUUUGAACAGAAAGCUCCGCUAUCUGAAAAGAGAGUUCUGCUAUUUGAAAAGGGAGUUCCGCUAUUUGAAAAGGGAGUUCUGCUCUUUGAAAAGAAAGCUCCGCUAUUUGAAAAAGGAGUUCUGCUAUUUGAAAAGAAAGCUCCGUUAUUUGAAAAGAGAGUUCUGCUAUUUGAAAAGGGAGUACUGCUCUUUGAAAAGGGAGUUCAACUCUCUGAAAAGGAAGCUCCGCUAUUUGAAAAGGUAAUUCUGCUAUUUGAAAAAGGAGUUCUGGUUUUCGUAAAGAUAGUUCCAAUAUUUGAAAAACGAGUUCUGCUAUUUGAAAAGAAAGAUCCACUAUUUGAAAAGGUAAUUCUUCUAUUUGAAAAGGAGUUCUGGUUUUUGAAAAGAAACCUCCGCUAUUUGAAAAAGGAGUUCUGAUAUUUGAAAAGAAAGCUCCGCUAUUUGAAAAAGGAGUUCUGCUAUUUGAAAAGGGAGUUCUGCUCUUUGAACAGAAAGGUCCGCUAUUUGAAAAGAGAGAUGUGCUAUUUGAAAAGGGAGUUCUGCUAUUUGAAAAGAAAACUCCGCUAUUUGAAAAGAAAGUUCUGCUAUUUGAAAAGGGAGUUCUGCUAUUUGAAAAGAGAGUUCUGCUAUUUGAAAAGGGAGUUCUGCUAUUAGAAAAGGGAGUUCAGCUCUCUGAAAAGAAAGCUCCGCUAUUUGAAAAGGUAAUUCUGCUAUUUGAAAAAGGAGUUCUGGUUUUUGAAAAGAAAACUCCGCUAUUUGAAAAAGGAGUUCUGCUAUUUGAAAAGAAAGCUCCGCUAUUUGAAAAAGACGUUCUGAAUUUUUGAAAAGGGAGUUCUGCUCUUUGAAAAGAAAGCUCCGCUAUUUGAAAAGAGAGUUCUGCUAUUUGAAAAGGGAGUUCUGCUAUUUGAGGAGGAAAUUCCGCAAUUUGAAAAGGCAGUUCUGGUAUUUCAAAAGAAUGCUCCGCUCUUUGAAAAGGGAGCUCUGUUAUUUGAAAAGAAUGCUCCGCUAUUUGAAAAGAGAGUUCUGCUACUUGAGGAGAAAGUUCCGCUAUUUGAAAAGGGAGUUCUGUUAUUUGAAAAGAAUGAUCCGCUAUUUGAAAAGAGAGUUCUGCUAUUUAAUAAGAAUGCUCCGCUAUUUGAAAAGGGAGUUCUGCUAUUUGUCAAGAAUGCUCCGCUAUUUGCAAA